CUAUAGGAUGGACUCGGCUAUGACGAGGUUGAUCGCGUCUGCCGGCCGAAGAUUCCUGAGCAACCCACCAAUCCGGAUUAAACAAGCGCUAGGCUUCAGCCCCCGUCGAUGGGGUGGGAUUCGUAAGUGAUUUGGAAUAGGCCAUGAGUACACCCACUCGGAUUCUGCUGGUAAAAUCGCCAGCCCCCGAUCCUGCGGCCCCGGAUGCCUUCAUGGAGGCCUUUCAGGCGGAGCCUCGGGUCCGCGCUCAAAGCCUGUCGGCGCUGCAAUUCCGCUACGUGAAUCAGGCCCAGCUAAGCCGGCAUUUGCUACGCCCGGAUUAUGACGGCCUGAUUUUGACCAGCGUCCGAGCCGUGCUGAGUAUCGGGCAGUGCUGGCCAGCCCCGCCGGACUCGUCGGCCGAGCAUUGGGCCGGCAAGCCCAUUUUUGUGGUAGGGCCCCGAACUGGCCAGACCGUCCGGCAACAGCUGGGCUGGCCGCACAUCCUAGGCCAGACUGCGGGCCAUGCCGAUGAAUUGGUCAGACAGAUGCUAGCCCAAUCGAGGCCAGGACAGAAAUUCCUGUUUCCUUGUGGCCAAUUGAAAGGCGAUAGUCUGCCCGAGCGGUUGAGAGCGGCCGGUGUGCAGGUCGAGGUCAUCACCAGUUACAUCACAGAGGAGAACCCGGAGCUCAGGUCAUUAUUGGUGCAAGCCGGUCCGCCUCCGGAUUGGAUGGUGUUCUUUAGUCCUUCGGGCUUGAAAUUCACGCUACCCGUGAUGCAAAGCUUGGGCUGGGAUGAGCAGCGGAUACAGUAUGCAGCUUUAGGUCCGACCACAGCUCAAUGUCUCCGCGACCAUGGUUUGUCGGUCCGGACCACGCCCGCCCAGCCCACGCCCUCGGACCUGCUGAGCUGUAUUCUGAAAUAUAUCCCAAUUUAAGAGUCCCGUUAUCGAUGGGAUCGAAGAUGACCGCUAUAUUAUUUUCUUUAGA